CAGAGAAGAAGACGAGCUCUUGAACUCUUCCUUCUUCUCGCUUCAUUGGUGUCUUUGAUCUCUGUUUGUUUUUCUCUAGCAUUUAAUCUUCCCACUGUUGGAAAGGAAUGAUAUAGCUCUUCUCUCAAGGGAGUUAGCGGCGAGGUUGCUUUUCAAUUGCUAAAUUGGCAAGUAAAGUGAGGAGGUGAGAAAAUGAAUAACAGAGUACGGAUUGCGAAGAAUGGCAUUAGAGAAAUUCCGAAGCACAAUAAAGAAAGAAUCUUAGGCAGAAAUCCGACAUUGAUGGAGGAGAAGAAGAUGGUAGUGGAGGAUAGCAGUAAGGUAACAAAUUCAAGGAAUGGCCCAAAGAGAUGCACGUCGAGAAUAGAAAAGAAGAUUGCUUUGGAACAAGAUGUAAUACUUUCAUGAAUGAAUUUAGUUCUUUCUCUUCCUAUUUUAUAGUUCUCCUUGUUUCUUAUCUUCUUCAUGAAUCUGAUUAAAUUGCAGGUUGAUAAGCUGAGGAAGAAGCUCAAGCAUGAAGAAAAUGUGCACAGAGCUUUGAGAAGGGCUUUUACUCGGCCCUUGGGCGCUCUUCCUCGCCUGCCUUCUUAUCUCCCUUCAUAUACUCUAGAACUUGUUGCUGAAGUAGCAGUGCUGGAGGAAGAGGUGGUUAGGCUUGAAGGGCAAGUCAUGAAUUUUCGGCAAAGUCUCUAUCAGGAGGCCUUCUAUAUUUCUUCAUCAAAAACAACCAUUCAAAAUGGAUUCGAUUUGAGAUUUGAUCGAUUUCCUUCACAGAAAACAAACAAUUCAGAGCUGACAAAAUCUCACUGUCCGUUAAUCCAUCCAAGUGCUUCUGCAAUCAGCAGCUCUUCUCCCUCGAUUCCCUGUUCAAAUCCCAAUCCUUCUUCUAAACUGUUCAUGAAUGAAAAGCAGGUUCCAAAGAAACUCAAUUUUUCAUUACCUGAAGACUAUAUUGGAAAAGAGAAUCAAUCAAAUAUGCAUUCCACCAAGAAUUUAGAACAUUCCCCUGUAAAUAAUGCUUCAAGAAUAUUGGAUUCCGAGAGAGGUAACAGAGAUAGAGUGGCAUGUGAAGAAGCAAAUGGUGCCAACAAAUUAUCAGAGGAAAUCUUGAGAUGCCUUCUGCAGAUUUUCACGAGUAUUAGCUUGCCAAAAGACACAGUGGCAAUAGAGAGUGAGAUGUGUCCAUCAGUAUCAGGUUCGUGUGACUCUUCUUAUCAGGAUGUAUACUUUCUGGACCCUUAUGAUAUUUGCAAACUAUUUGGACAAAGGGACAUUGGACCAUACAAACUUCUGAGAGAAGUGGAUUCCAGCUCAAGUGAUGUAAAUCUGAUAUCAAAAUUUUCAUUUUUAACUCGUAAACUAAAGUUACUACUCAGAAAGCUUUCAUCAGUUGAUAUUUCAGAGCUUACUCAUCAGCAAAAGCUUGCAUUCUGGAUAAAUAUAUACAAUUCAUGCAUGAUGAAUACAUUUCUAGAGAAUGGUCUACCAACCACUGCAGAGAUGGUCUUUGCAUUGAUGCCAAAGGCAAAGGUGAAUGUAGGUGGACAUUUGUUCAGUGCAAUGACUAUUGAGCACUUCAUGCUUAGAUUGCCUUGCAACUCAAAACAUAUUUCACCCAAGGGUUUAAAAUGCAGUGAGGUGAUAAGGAGCAGCAUGUUCGGGUUGGAUUGGUCUGAGCCAUUAGUAACAUUUGCACUUUCAUGUGGAAGUUGGUCCUCCCCUGCGGUGAGAAUCUACACUGCUUGUGAAGUAGAGAAGCAGCUAGAGGAAGCUAAGAGGGAUUACUUGCAAGCCGCGGUUGGUUUAUCAAAAUCAAAUAGAUUGGCAAUACCAAAGCUCUUGGAUUGGUACAUGUCAGAUUUUGCAAAGGACAUCGAAUCACUUAUGGACUGGAUUUGCCUGCAGCUGCCAAAUGAAAUCAGGAGCGAUGCAGUUAAAUUAGUUGAGAUGGGUAGGAGGAGCCUAAUUCCACAGCCAGUACAAGUGCUUCCAUAUGAUUUCAGAUUCAGUGCAAAAGGAGAAUAAAGCCACCAAUCCCUGGACUUAUUGGAGGCCAUUGCUGUCCUAUGCACCCAGUAGAAUCUCAUCUUAUCCCCCAACAGCUCAAAUAGUGAACUUCACUGUACUAUUAGACUGUAUCGUUCAUUUUGUAAACAAUACGACAAGUGGUCACAAUCUAGCUAUAGAUAGGAACAAAGACAGCAUCACGAGCGAGAGGAACUGCAACAAAAGAGCUCCUUCAACUACAACCUUCUAUGAGCUGAAGGGUUGCUUUCAUGCUAUAAAGUUCUUCAACUGCUUUCUUUUUCUCACUGGACUUUUAAAUGAAACACAAAUUGAGAGAAGAAUAAGCCAAAAGGAACUGCAGAUCCCCUUUCAUCAUCCUUUGUUUGGGAGAAGGCUGGAUCC